AUGUAUGCAAAAGCAGAGGAAAAAUGGUCACAUACUACACAGAAGUUGCUGCUACAUAAAAAGGAAAGCCACAAUGAGUUAUUGCCUGCUCUAAGGAGGCAAAUUGAUUUGUAUUCUGAAUUCCUAGCAAGUGUUGCUGAACUUGCCCGCUCCAAAUGGACUGAGUUUAAUUUAAAGAUGAUGGGUACUGGACUUGGAAUUAUGUUGAUAUCACUUCUUAUCCACUUCCUUGCAAUUAAGAAAGUGAAGGAGCAAUUGGUUUUUCUUUUACUUCAUCUGGAGAUUCUGGGAUUUCCUUCGGUGGAAGGAGGAAAAGUGGCAUGCUUUGUUUUGGCUACAUCUGCACUAGUUAAGAUGCGAUAUUCAAUCAUGAAGAAGAAGAUGAUAUUAGAAGCAUUUGUUUUCCUUCUUCUGAUCACCAUUUGCAGAUUUACUAUUGAAGUUGGAUUGUCGAAGCAGGCUCCUAGUUCUGAAUUUGUGAAUGCAUAUCCUUCAUGGAUGCUCGGGAUUGCUGCAGGGUUUCCAAUUUGGAAUUUUGUUGCUGAAGCUUUACUGGUAGUUGCCCUGCUUUUAUUGGCAUUCUUGCUGCGUGAGGCCAUUACUGGAAGCUCUUCAAAGGGUAUUUGGAAGUAUAUUAUCAUGGGAACUAAUUUAAGUUAUAUACCAAUAGCAGUGCAUUGGGCUUCAGAAAGUGACAGAUUGAAUCUGGCUUGGGUGCUUAAAGGCACUGGAAGAAGUUAUAUUCCUAGACUAAUAUAUGCCAUUGGAUUUGGACAAUUGUUAUUAUUGACAUUUAAUCAGCUGUUCAGUAAAAGGAAAUCCUCAGAUCACAGCAAUCUCUUGUAUAUUAAAACAGUCGCCAUGUUUUCUGCAUGGAGCUCAACAAUCAUUAUUCUGUUGGGAAGACAGGGCCCCUGGGUUGUUUUAGCAUUCAUAAUUGGAGGCCAAUGCAUAAUGAGGCUGGAUAACAUAGAACUGGAUGUCAAAGAUGGAGGCAGUUGGAAUAGGAUGCUUGAUCCUGUUCCUGUAACACAGUGGAGCCUUUUUGCUGUGUGCCUGUGUGCUUUUGAUGGCCUCCGAUAUGGUGCUGCAUUUAUUGGGUGA